AUGGGCAAGAAGAGCAAGAAGAAGAAUAAGAAGAACAUCGAAUUCAAUCCUUGGUCCGACGAUGGCACCAAACCAGCCGAAGCCACAGAUGGCCCAGCAGUACUACUCCUACCAUCCCACGGUCCACCUUCACCUCCUCCCGUGAUCGACGAUAGACAUCUUAACCCUCCAGUGGGAGAGCCAUCCUACGACGAUAUGGAAGAAAUCAUAAUACUCGACAAAAAUACUCCCGCUGAUGAGGAGGGAGACGUCCCAGAGGAGAAUGGUGGGGAAGAUCCACCAUCAUCCGAGGCCCCAGAUGGUCAAGGAGAACAACCGGGCUCCGACCAGCCUGUAGAGGGACCCUCUCAUGACCCGGAUGGAGGAGAUGAGUCUGCGGAACCUGGAUCCGGUGACUUAGAAGAAGCUCCUGAAGGCCUUACGGAAGACCCCGUAGCACCUGAGGAACCACCAAGCGAAGAGCCUGCUGCUGAACCCGAUGAAGACAAGCCUGACGCACCUCAAGAGUCUCAGACAACAGACUCUACUAAUUCAGAUGAGCAUGAAUCCGAAACGGUUCUGGAGCAAGUCGAAAAGCUUCAGCAAGAAGAUGCCUCCCCUGAUGAGGUACUAUCAGUCCUUGAGAAGGCCAUGUCAGAGGUCGGUGCUGGCCCCGAAUCCGAGACUCCGGAGCAUGUACCUGAUGUCCCUCCUAUUGACACUUUCGAGGCUACAACCGAAGAAGCUGCAACAGACGAAAAUAAUUCGGAUCCAGCAGAGCCCUUGGCAGGCGCAGGGGAUAAUGCCGAAAAAAGUGCCGGCAAUGCCCCUGACGAUAGUGCAGAGACUACAGCCUCGAAAGGCCAGGAAGAAACUACAUCACCAGAGGAGACCUCGGCAGCUGAAGCGACACCAGACGAUGCUGUCGUAGAGGUCAUCGCCGAUAAAACAUCGAAAGAAGCCCCAACAGAGGAGACAAAAGAUGACGCACCAGCAUCGGCACCAGAAAAUGACGCAGGUGACGCAGAAACAAUAGAGGUAGAAGUCAACGAAGAGGCUACCAAAGAAAGUCCUGCUCAAGACGAAGCUGCCGCCACGACAGAAGCUGACGCCGAGGCUUGUGAGUCCACUGUCGCAGCAGCAGACCCUAGCGACAGUACCCCGGAUGAUGACGAUAAGAAUGCCGAAGAGGUUGUUGCCACUGAAGAGCCAGCGGCCGACACGGAAGAAACUCCAGAGAGCAAAACCGCGGAUCCUGAGGAGUCUCCGGAGAGCGAUGCUGCCGCCGCUGAAGACAAGCCUGGGGAGGAAUCUGUCGAGGAGGUUAAACAGGAAGAUGCAGCUGAGACGCUUACAGACGACGAACCAGCCGCCGCGAAAGCCGCCACCGAUGACGAAUCAGUUGAGGCACCAGCAGAGGUCACGGAGGCAGCUCCAGAAGCAGCUCCGGAGGAAGCCUCUCCUCCUGAGGAAGCGCCGGCCGACAGUCCCACGGCUCAAGAAGAAGAAGAAGUCGGAGCUAUCCCUGGAGAUUUCCCUGCCACAGAGGACACUGAAGCUUCUCCAGAGGCCGAUGAAGCCCCUGCUCCUGAAGGAACCGUUGAUGCUGAAGAGACACCGGCUGGUGACGAGACUCCUGCUCCAGAAGACGCUCCACCGGUCGAAGGAACUCCUCCUACCGAAGAGGACAUUACUGCAGAAGACGCCCCAGCUGAAGAAACACCUGUCUCAGAAGAACAAAGUGCCCCAGCCGAAGAAACUACUCCUACGCCUGAAGACAAUGUUGCCGGAGAAGAAAAUCCUGUCAUUGACGAAGCGCCUGCUGCUGACGAGACCCCUGAGGUAACCGCGGUUGCUGAUGAGGAACCAGCUCCCGAAGCAGCCACUGUCGAAGAAGCUCCCAAGAGCGAUGAAGCACCGCCUGAGGCUGCCGAAGAACCUGACACACAGGCUUCCGAGGUGGCUUCCGAGGAAUCAGCACCAGAUCCUCCAGCUGAAGAGCCAGCUACCAUUAAGGAGCCUGUAGGAGAUGAUGCACCAUCCCCCGAGGAGCCCCCACCGGCUGCAGACGAGGUGCCAGUCGUCGAGGCCACUACAGAAGAAGCUGUCGAGGAUGCUCCUAAAGCAGAGUCCGAUACCAUAGUAGAGGAUGCUGCAAUAGCAGCGGCAGCAGUAGGUGUUGCAGCUGUCGCAGGUUCUGUUGCAACGAAGGGGCGGAGAAAGACUCACCGGAGGUAUAGCGAGACUCGAGAACACCGCCCCAAAGACCCUCUUCAUGGACACAAGACCAGGCUUGAAAGGCCUAAAGACAAAGCCGGUCUAUUUGAUAAUGCAAUUGGUAGGGAAGUGACCAAGGCAAGAGAACGAGAGCAUCAUCGGCACGAGAGUGAGGAGUACAAAGAGAAAAGACGGGCAAGAAAGGAGAAGGAAGCGAAAAGAGAAGCUGAAGAGGAGGCGAUGCGAGAAGAGCGGCGGAAACAACGACAUGCUCGAGAAGAAGCAGAGAAGGAAGAAAUGCGUCGACAACGUCGGGCUGAGAGAGAAAAGGAGAAGGAACGGGAAAGGUUGGAGAGGGACAAGGAGAACCUGGAGAGAGAAGCAAGAAGGAAGGCUCAUGAAGAGCGAGUACGACAACGACAAGAAGAAGAGGCUGCAAAGGCUGAAAGGAGGAAAGGCAAAGAGAGAGAGAUAGCGGGUGAUGCAGAGACCGUUAGUGAUGUGAGACGAAAGGCGGGAGGACGGAGAACGAGCUUUGCAGGAUCGAACAGUGGAAGCAGCAACGGGGGAGAGAUCAUUCCCGCUUUGUUGAAGAGAAUUGGAACGGGUGAGAGUGACACGGGUGGCCCUCUUCUCAUGGUCCGACCCAACAGCAAACACACCGAAGGACGAAGUUCUAGUCACAAACACCACCGCGGGAGCGACUCAGACAAGGAGAAGGAAAGAGAAAAACAUGCUGAAGGCGGAUCGACUCGACCUCAUCACUCUCAUCGCUCUAGCUCGGAUCGGCCCAAGACUACCCGGCACUCGAGCUCGAGAAGUCAGAGGCAAUAUCAUGAUCCUCCACGAUCUACCAACAAACCAGGUCUAUUCUCGAAAGCGUUCGCUACACUGGCAGAGCAUGUUCAGGUUCGAAGUGCGUUCCGGCCCGAACGUGUUGGGGCGUGA